AGGACGCACCGAGAGACAGCGAGAGCAAAGUGAGAGCGAGAGAAAGGGGUCGAGAGUGAGGGGGCCGGGAAGGAGACGGAGCGAGUGGUCCACACUUAAUACAUCCGCCGUCUUUGUGUCUCCGCGCUGGACCAGAGACGCCGGGUCUUUGUGUCUGUCGGAUGCUGAAGGUGUUGAUGGGGAUGGAGAGAGAACACAGCGGCUCUGCACUGCUCUACACCUGGACGCAAGAGCUGCACUGACGGAGGUCUGCGAAGAGGCCACAGGGUGGACAGGCGGACCACAAGGAGCCACAUCAGUGAACGUCCUCGGCUGCCAGCAGAACCAUCUCGCCAGUCGGGAGAGGUGAGGGACGAGGCCGGCCAAUCGGAGGGGGAGAGAUGUUGGGGCAGGGGGGCCACGGGGUCCUGGCUCUCAUGUCAUUAGUUCUGACACUGUGGCACCAAGCGGCACCCAUAGAAGUCCCACAAGACCCAAAGAUCCUGCAAGACCUGAAGCAGCCCCCCACCAUAGUCAAAGAGUCUGUGAAGGACUACAUUGUCGACCCCAGAGAUAACAUCAUCAUUGAGUGUGAGGCCAAGGGCAACCCAGUGCCAACGUUCUCAUGGCGAAGGAACGGGAAGUUUUUCAACAUCGGGAAAGAUCCCAGGGUGACAAUGCGGAAACGCUCGGGAACUCUAGAGAUCGGUUUCCGUAGCGGAGGACGACCGGAGGACUACGAGGGGGAAUACCAGUGUUUUGCAACCAAUGACCUCGGAGUGGCUCUGUCCAACAAAAUCCUGCUGCGUGUCUCCAAGGCCCCUCUCUGGCCCAAAGAAGUGCUGGAGCCAGUCGUGGUGCCUGAAGGCCACUCGCUGGUUCUGAACUGCAGCCCACCACCAGGCCUUCCUCCUCCAUUCACCUUCUGGAUGAACAGCGCUAUGACUCCGAUCCCUCAGGAUAAGAGGGUGUCCAUGGGUCUGAACGGGGACCUCUACUUCUCCAACGUCUUGACCAAAGAUGCUCACACUGACUACAGCUGCAACGCUCGCUUCCUCUUCACGCAGACCAUCCAGCAGAAGAACCCCUUCACCCUCAAAGUCCUGACGAAGGAGCCGUAUAAUGACACGUCUUACAAUGCUACUGACCCGUACGGUGGGACCCAGAGCUCCCAGAAGGCGAACGCCUCUAUCAAGUGGGUUAAGGAGGGUGGGGACCUUCCAGGGAGGAAGGUGAAGUUUGACAACUACAACAAGACCCUAAAGAUCAUCAACGUGUCCGAGGAGGACGCCGGGGAGUACGUAUGCAUGGCCAACAACCACCUAGGCAGCAUACGCCACUCCAUCUUUGUCCAGGUCAAAGCGGCUCCUUACUGGCUCGACAAACCCUCCAACGCGGUGCUCGCUCCGGAGGAAAACGGGCGCCUGGUGUGUCGGGCCAACGGGAACCCCAAACCCAACAUCCAGUGGCUGAUCAACGGACAGCCUAUAGAAAGCACUCCCCACAGCACCAGCAGACAGAUGCUUGGUGACACCAUCAUCUUCCGCUCGGUGCAGAUGGGAAGCAGCGCUGUCUACCAGUGCAACGCCUCCAACCAGCACGGCUACCUGCUGGCCAACGCCUUCGUCAGCGUCCUCGACAUGCCUCCGAGGAUGCUGGGCCCCAAAAACCAGCUGAUCAAAGUCGUCGAGAACAACCGCACCUUCCUUGACUGUCCCUUCUUCGGUUCUCCUCUGCCGGAACUCCGCUGGUUUAAGAACGGACAGGGCAGCGGGCUGGACGGAGGUCACUACCGCAUUUAUAUUAAUGGCACCCUGGAGAUCAAGCGGGCCAGAGCGGAGGACGAGGGCACCUACACCUGUGUGGCCAACAGCAUGCUGGGCAAGGCCGAGAACCAGGUCCGCCUGGAGAUCAAAGAGCCGACUCGCAUCGUUCGCGUCCCGGAGCGCCAGUCGGUCGUCAGGGGCUCCGCGGCGCGCUUCGAGUGUAAGGUGAAGUCUGACCCCAGCCUGCCCGUCACUGUGGCCUGGACCAAGGACGACAAACCUCUGUCCCUGGGUUGGAGGCUGAGCAAAGACGAGGAGUCGUUGACCGUCCCCAACGUGAACGAGGGGGAUGAGGGAACCUACACCUGCUCGGUUACAUCUGAGAUAGACCAGGACUCGGCCUCCGCCCGCCUCACGGUCUUAGAGGAAGCCUCCCUCAACCCCUCAGUCUCUAGUGCCUUGCCUCCAGACCACCCUGACCCUCCCAUGGAUCUGGACCUGUCAGAUCCUGCAGCCCGCAGCGUUCGCCUCACCUGGAUCCCCGGAAACGACCACCGGAGCCCUGUGACGCAAUUCCUGGUCCAGUUUGAGGAGGACCGUUGGGAGCCGGGCAGGUGGCAGGACCUGUCCACAUACCCAGGGGACCUCAACUCUGUCAUCCUGCAGCUCGCCCCCUUCGUCAACUACCAGUUCAGGGUCAUCGCCAUCAACGCGGUGGGCCGCAGUCAGCCCAGCCGCCCCUCGCCCCGGUACCAGACCAGCGGAGCCGCCCCAGAUGUCAUCCCCAGAGGUCUACGAGGAUGGGGAUCAAAGAAGGACAAUAUGGAGAUAACCUGGGAGCCUCUGCUCGAUCUGGAGAGGAACGGGCCAAACCUGCACUACGGCGUGUGGUGGCGACGGAAGGAUUUGGGAGAGGAGUGGAGUAACGUGACCACAGCCGAAUCCAAACAUGUCGUCCACAACACAGAGACCUACAUUUCCUACGAGAUCAAAGUUCAGGCCAGAAACGAGUUUGGACGAGGACCAGAGUCCAAUGUUGUAGUUGGAUACUCCGGAGAGGACAAACCCGUCUAUGCUCCCACUGACCUGCGGGUGUCGAAGUUUGACAGCACCAAGGCCGUCCUGCACUGGAAGCCCGUGGACCUGAGCUCUGUGCAGGGAGAAUUCAAGGAGUACCGACUGUACUUCUGGCGUGAGUCCAGUCUGGUUCCUGGUCUAGUGGUCAGUAAGGAGAAGAAGACUAAAGGUUUCUACAGCAUCGCGGCCGAACCGUCUGGCAUCCUCAGCGACUUGGUGCCCUACUCCAGAUACAAGAUGUUCCUGGUUGUGGCCAACAACCUCUUUGAAGGUCCACCCAGCAACACCGUGGAGGUCAUCACCAAGGAGGGAGUGCCCGAUGCUCCGAAGUUUUUCACUAUCAACCGGAGAACUUUUGACACCAUCCACCUUGAAUGGGACAAACCUCUGGAGCCCAACGGUAUUCUGAUUGGAUACCAGCUCAAGUACCAAAUAGUCAACGGCAGCAGAGUUGGUCGUGCACAGCUGGAGACUCUCCCGCCCAACGUCACACACUUCAGCGUACGACUUCCGGAGCGAUCUACUCGCUACAAGUUCUACCUGUCAGCACUCACACAGGUGGGAGCCGGCGAGGUCUACGCUGAGGAGUCCCCCUCGUCCGCCAACGAAGAAAACCUUACUGACUCCACAGCUCUAGUCGAGCUUACCGAUGCCUCCGUGGCCUCGGCUUUCUCUCCCACUCCUCCUCCUCUCGCUCCUCUUCCUCCUACUGCCGUGACUCCUACAACCAUUAGUACCUCGACUUCUGCCACUCCGACACCUCCUCCUCCUCCUCCUCCUACUACUACUACUGCUACUACUACUGCUACUACUCCUUCUACCACCACCACCACUACAGCCGAGGCGACCACUACCACCACAACUACAGAGCGGGUCACCAUCAAGCGCACUGAUCAGAACGUGUUGGUGGCCGAUAGGUGGAAGAUCUGGAAUCUGACGGUGGAGCCUAACAGUAACUACGCUAACGUCAGCUGGAGACACAACUUCCCGGCCGGCAGCAGCGAGUUUGUGCUAGAGUUCACACUGGACAGCGACAAGUCGGUGAAAGUUGUACCGGUGAAACAGCAGCCCCCCAUUACAGUGGCGGAUCUGAUCGCAGGCGCCAAGUACCAGCUGAGGGUUUACUCCCAUGAGCUCAACAGCGUCAGCAGCGAAUCUUUCAUCUUUAAGACCAAACCAGCCUACAUAGACCAGGUGGACAUAGCCACCCAAGGCUGGUUCAUUGGCCUGAUGUGUGCCAUUGCCCUCAUCAUACUGAUCCUCCUCAUCGUCUGCUUCAUCAAGAGGAGUCGCGGGGGCAAAUACCCAGGUGGUGGUUGCGUGACUGGUUUCGCAAAAUAUCUGGUCCGUGACAAAAAAGACCUCCCCUUGGACCCCGUAGAUCAGAAAGACCAGGACGGAUCCUUUGAUUACCAAAAUGGGUCGUCUGUCCCUGACAGGAACGAAAACGAGAACAGGUCUCUUGAAAGCAGCGACGAGGACAACAAGCCUCUCCAAGGCAGCCAGACAUCGCUGGACGGCAACGUGAAGGAGAGCGACGACAGCCUGGUGGACUACGGCGAGGGCGGCGACGGCCAGUUCAACGAGGACGGCUCGUUCAUCGGCCAGUACACGGUGAAGAAGGACAAGGACGAGACGGAGGGAAACGAGAGCUCCGAGGCCACCUCGCCCGUCAACGCCAUCUACUCGCUGGCGUAGCCCCGUAGCAGACAAACCCCAGCGCCGCCCGACCCCCCCCCCCCCCACACACACACACACACACACGAAUAAAUGACCCCAUGAAGGAACACGGAAGGGCCUGUUGGGAGACUGCGCGAGCUUCCCUCUGCCGAGGAACACGGGUAGUGGAAUUAGACGACAUUUAGGAGUGGGCCCGCUGAAGGUGGCGUUGGGACGAAGUGCUCGUCUUCCUUGAAUCUCUGCUUGUCCUCACACGGACUAGACGUGUGCCUUCAGGGCAGCUUUCAGCUCUUUGAGGCGUUCGUUAGAGAUUUUUUCCUUUGGCUUGUUUCUGCUCUGAACAUUUCCAGUGUCCCCCCCCGACUCACCUCUAAUACCUCUGUGUAGCGUCCCGGCAAAGUACACACAAGAGGUUCCGCACACACACACACACACACGCAUAGACACACUGGCCCGUCCUGUAACAUAUCAGCUUUUAACCAUCAAACUCAACAGGAUGCCGGCAGAUAUGUUUAUCAUAUUGAUAUUUACGCAAUGAAAGAGUUCAGUUUUUCCACAGCUGGUAGACGAGUCAUUGAAUCUGCUGUAUUCAGUUCUGCCACACGUUUUAACGCCCUGCAAAACUAUGCACUAUCAUCUCCUCCAUAGCGUUCUGGGUGUAACCUGGUUAAUAAAAGUACACGUUUUGGGUUUGUUUGUUUUGACCAUUCGUAGGCUAAAUCCAGUGCGUUUAUUCACUCUGCCUUGUGCGUACUGAGACAUGUUUUUCUUACCUCUACGCCGAUGUUGUACAGCAGAUGUUCAAAAUGGCCGCCACGAGCUGCGCUGAAUUAUUUUAUUAAUGGAGAGUAUUAUUUUGGAGCACGGUCGCAACUCGGGCCGAGAGAAAACGGACGGCAACAGGGAGGAACGUUUGCUUGAGGACCACAACCCAUCGAAUCCAGUAGUUAGCGUGCAGGCUAAUGCUGCAGUCACGUCCAGCGGGGACAUCUGUCGGCUGACAGGUCGAGUCUUGGCAGAUGGAUCUGUUUUCCUUUCCGCUUUGGUUUAUUCAUUGUUACGUACGGUACUUUUGAAACUUAUGUUUUAUACGAAACCACACGUUUGAACCGAAGGAUCCACAGCUCAUUUGUUGAACUUUACAGAUUGAGAAAAAGAUUUUAAAAAAGCAGCGUAUGGGCCUCGUGAAACACUAGAUUUGCAGCAUGAACAUAUUUACAUCGAAAUCACAGCCACCUUUGGAAUGAAACAAAUCAACUCAUUUUUUUCAAAAGAAGAAAUUAAAAAUAUAAAAAAUGUUUGAGGAACAGAACCUGUUAGAAAGUAAACUCAGUAUUCUACUCAUCCUACAACCACAUGACUCAUGCUGUAGUUACCUAACAGCACUAUGAAACCCUCCACUGUUAAACCAGAAAUAUCUUUACUGCAGCGACUGCGGUUCUCAUUGUACUUAUAUUUAUUUCAUAUUUCUGUUUAUUACAUUAUGUGAAUAGUAAUAAUAUUAGUCCUUUAUUUAAUAAUUGUCAAACACACACUUUUGAGCAACUCAUUUUGUUGAUUCACGCCAGAAAUACGUACGUGUCCAGAAUCUGCCAUUCUUCAUCGGGAGAAGCAUUAAACACAAUCUGUUCCAGAUGUUUGUAAUAUUUGUAGCAGCUGGCCUUUCUGCCGUGAGCAAAGAACAUCAACAUACCUGUCAUGUUCAUCUGCCCGUUGUGCUGCUCUUCUCGUACUCAUGUUUGUAUUACAGUUACUCUGUGUUGUUAUUCAGAUUUAUGUAACAUAACCUUUCCGCCUCACAGAAAAUAAUUAUUGUUGUUCAUUAUUUAUUUGACAUAUAUUCUGUACAUGUAGGUCCUGAAAAAAAAAACUCUUAUAUUUGUAAAUAUAUCAAAGUUGAUUCCUCCAGAAAAAAAUGCUUUAUCCAAGAAGGAGAGAAAAAGUCACGAUUCAGCAUCCAUCAAGCGACGAUCAUGUGACGGGUGCAUCUUUAGUCCGUCGUGCACCUUCGUAGCUUUGACUGACAUUUGCACUCUGAAAAAGUAACGAGAAUCAUUCUUCACCCUAUGUCGCCCUUUGCUUUGCCAUUGUGACACGUGGUCACAUCUUCUCUGAUAGUUUGGGUUCUAUUUUGGGAAAGAGGAACUAGUUUGAGGGUCUAUGAUGUAAAUAAAGGCUCCUGCAACAGUCGGUUUGUAGCAUAGUCGCACAGACACAGCUAGUAGGCCUAAAACAACAACAACAACAACAAAAUGCUCCUUUUAACCGUCCACUUAAAAUGGCUGUUGUUGCACAGCAAGGGCCAUUUCAGGGGCCUCCUCGCGGAACCGGUUCAUACGUUUGGGAGCUGUAGCUUACAUUUUGCAACCGGACUUCACAGUGACAAAAACCUGCUCCAGUUUUAUUCCACAUUCUGGUCCAGUUGGUGGAUUAUGCUCAUUUAGCUGGUUUACCAAGAAGGGUCAUUUGUCCUUAAAGGAACAAAGUGAGAAAAAGGGUCAGAAGUGUUAAAUGCUUUAAAUUGUUAAACUGUUAAAUUUGAGUACCUUCACCAGGUGACAACUGACAAACAGUGAAGCGGGUUAAAAUCACAGAUGAAUUGAUAAAAAUCUUCAGAUUUUCAGUCUGCAAAAUCAGACCAAGUGGAUCCAGCAGCGACUAUUUACAUCCUGCAUUGGCCCCAAAUUAUCAUUUUAUUUCAUUACAACUUCAUCUGGCAAAAUUACUAUUGGACAAGGAUUUCCUAAAUGCACAACGGGUUUACUUAAAAAAGAAGGCUUUCAUUCCUUGCUCAUUUGGAGGAGCCCUUAAAAUUAGGGCCCUUAUAAUUUAGAGACUUUGUAGGAGGAGGCCCCUAAAUUUGAACACAAUAUAUAAUCCUUAUUAAAAAGACUUCUGGCCUGGUAUCUCUCACCACUUUUUUUAUGUUGGUGUGAACACAGAGGGUUGUUAGUUUGAGACACCGAGCACAUAAAUCUUGACAAUAACCAAAAGGCCGCUGUUUAAAUAGAAGAAAACAAGAAGAAAAAGCGCUGCCGGCUUUGAACAUUCAAGUCUGCACUUUCCCACUGGACUUAUGUUCAUCCACAUCUGGUCAGGAAACCUGCAGCUCCCUCUCCCACAUAGCCUCUCCUCUUGCCCCUCUCAAGUGGAUCCCAGUGGGGAAAUGUUGUAAACUGGGUGUAUAACAAAGAAAAGUGAAUUAUGCAUAUUUGCUGAUGAACAGUGCUGUUUUUCUUGUCCUCUUAUUUGUGCACGUCGACUCUCUUUCUACCGUCUCAGCUCGCCUUCGAAGGGGGAAAAGAAGAUGUCCAUUCGCAGCGUUGUGUUUUUCUUCAUUACAAAGUGCUGCAAAGUGUAGAAUUUGGUGCACACACACGAUCUGCAAUUGCAUUUUUUGUUUUUUUUUAACAAUUGAUCACGUGCUUUUGGGCUUUUUUUUUAUAUGAAUUCUCAUGUUAGCAUCUUCAUGUUUGUAACGUAUGUAUCAGAGCAGCUCUUCAAAGUAUCGCUUCGACACGCAAAGUAAGAGCUUUUGUAAGGUACAUACUCAACAAAAAAAUGGCAUAAAUAUAUUCACCUUGUAUGCGUGUAUGAUGAGAUGUUGCAACUUCUGCUAGCGACGCCUUCUUUAUAGUAAAGCUAUCUCCUUUUCUCUA